AUGGCUAGUGGAGGAGCUCAUACUGUUCUUCUCCGAAGUGAUGGUAGUGCUGUUGCCACUGGAAAUAAUCAUCGCGGACAAUGCAACAUCCCAGAUUUGAAUGCGGGAGUGGUGUAUGCACAGGUAUCUGCAGGCGGUGAGCAUACAGUGCUUCUCCGGAGUGAUGGCAUUGCUGUUGCCAUCGGAGACAAUGGCUGGGGACAAUGCAACAUCCCAAAUUUGAAUGCGGGAGUGGUGUAUGCACAGGUAUCUGCAGGCGGUGUGCAUACAGUGCUUCUCCGGAGUGAUGGCAUUGUUGUUGCCAUCGGAGACAAUGGCUGGGGACAAUGCAACAUCCCAAAUUUGAAUGCGGGAGUGGUGUACGCACAGGUAUCUGCAGGCGCUGUGCAUACAGUGCUUCUCCGGAGUGAUGGCAUUGCUGUUGCCAUCGGAGACAAUAUCUGCGGAAAAUGCAACAUCCCAAAUUUGAAUGCGGGAGUGGUGUACGCACAGGUAUCUGCAGGCGGCGAUCAUACAGUGCUUCUGCGCAGUAAUGGCAUUGCUGUUGCCAUCGGAAAAAAUGGCUGCGGACAAUGCAACAUCCCAAAUUUGAAUGCGGGAGUGGUGUACGCACAGGUAUCUGCAGGCGACGAUCAUACAGUGCUUCUGCGCAGUGAUGGCAUUGCUGUUGCCAUCGGAGACAAUGGCUGGGGACAAUGCAACAUCCCAAAUUUGAAUGCGGGAGUGGUGUACGCACAGGUAUCUGCAGGCGGCGAUCAUACAGUGCUUCUGCGCAGUGAUGGCAGUGCUGUUGCCAUAGGAGAAGAUCUGUAUGAACAAUGCAGCAUUCCUUCGCCAAAGCCUGGACUGCGCUACAUCAGCGAUUGGAGAGGUGGCACGGACCUCGCUCUACAACUAGAGAUUGUGGGCGAGAAUGAUGAAGCCACCCUCAAAGGCUCGACUUUGGCUGGAGAAGAGCGCUUUUGUCUGACUGCACGGAGCGUUGAUUCGGCCUGGGAGACGCACAAAAGGAUUGCCCGUGAAUUGAACGUGAGCCUCCAAAAUCUCCAGCUCGUUCUGCCAGAUGGGCAGUUGUUGGCCAAAUUUUGCCGUGCAAAUCCAGGGGCCUCACUUGCAGAUGAUCUCUCCGGUCAGGAAGCGCCGAAACCGCGCCGCGGCCGGAGUCCAGAAGAGGCACUGAACACCAGCUGGCGUCAGCUGAAAAACAACGGCGAUGCCGCCGCGAGAAAAGUCGGGGAGUUCACCGAGCCAUGGGCUGAAGCACAUGGAAUCCCCACAGCAGGGCCUGGUCAAAAGACUGCACCGGGUCUUGGUGUUUGCAAUGGCCUAGAGCGGUGGCCUCUGGAAACCGCCAACAGCCGCGACAUGGCCUACAACCCCUCCCGCUUGCCCAUGGAACAGCAACGCCUGGCCAGCAGCUUUGCACCGGGGUCGAGUCAGCCCCGCGUAUCGCUGCCUCCGCGUCACCUCAGUUUCCACGACUAUGGGCGCGCACAGGAGGACAUGGAGAAAGAGCGCUACCACGGGCGCAUCGAUCGGGGCAUCAGUCGGCCGAACCUGGAUGAUCCCCAUGGAUCAGUCGGCUUGAUGCACGGCAUCCGUCAUACAGUGCUUCUCCAGAGUGAUGGCAUUGCCGUUGCCAUCGGAGACAAUAAACAUGAACAGUGCAACAUCCCGGCUUUGGAUGAGGGAGUGGCAUAUACCCAGGGUUCUGCUGGCGGUGGUCAUACAGUGCUUCUCCGAAGUGAUGGCAGUGCUGUUGCCGCUGGAGACAAUAGAAAGGGACAAUGCAACAUCCCUUCUUUAGAUCAGGGAAUGGCAUACACCCAGAUUUCUGCUGGGAAUGCUCACACAGUGCUUCUGCGGAGUGACGGCAGUGCUGUUGCCAUUGGAGACAAUGGACAUGGACAGUGCAACAUCCCAGCUUUGGACGAGAACACGGUAUACACACAGGUAUCUGCAGGCAUUCUUCAUACAGUGCUUCUGCGGAGUGAUGGCAGUGCUGUUGCUACUGGAAAUAAUAGAAUGGAUCAAUGCAACAUCCAACCUUUGGAUGAAGGAAUGCAAUACACCCAGGUUUCUGCAGGCGGUAGUCAUACGGUGCUUCUGCGCAGUGACGGCAGUGCUGUCGCCAUCGGACGCGAUUCAGAAAGACAGUGCAGGAUACCACCUCUGGAUGAAGGAAUGGCAUACACCCAGGCAUCUGCAGGCACUCUCCACACUGUGCUUCUCCAGAGUGAUGGCUGUGCUGUUGCUUUCGGAGACGAUGGAGAUGGAGAGUGUAGUAUCCAACACCGACCUUUGGGUGACGGAGAGGUGUACUACCAAAUCUCUGCAGGCCAUAGUUAUACGGUGCUGCUCCAAAGUGAUGGCCGUCCUUUUGCCGACGGAAAGAAUGACCACGGACAAUGCCACAUUCCAUGGCCAAAGUCGGGAAUGUACCGUGACAAUUUUACAUAUGGCACGGACCUAGCUUUACAACUAGAGUUUGUGGAUGAGGAUGAUGCUGUGAAGCUGAUAUGCUCAACGCUGGCUGGGGAAGAACGCCUCCAUUUGACCGCACAGGGGGUUGAUUCGGCCUGGGAGACCCACAAAAGGAUUGCUCGUGAACUGAGUGUGAACCUCCCAAAUCUCCAGCUCGUUUUGCCAGAUGGGCAGUUGUUGGCCAACGUCUGCCGCGCAAAUGCAGGUGCUUCGGUUGCUGAGGUGGCUCAAAGUACAAAGCACCAGCGACUGACAUAA